ACAAACAACAGGUCUUAAAAUGAUGAAAAUGACCUGUCUAUUAUCGCUUUAUUCAUAGGACAUUUGUAUUCGUUUGCAGAAUGAAGGCACUUCCUGCCUUGGUUCUUGUGAUUCUUGUGAAUUGUUUUUGUGCUGAGGAAGACUUUGCAUUUAGGCUGAAAGCUUUGGAACACGAUUUUGCAACAAAGCUACAGAAAGAUGAUUUGAGGAUCCGGAAUCUUGAAGAAACGGUGAAACGACAGGAAACGGUUCUUUAUGACCAAUGGAAAAACAUAAAUCAAUUGAAUGGCAGACUGGAAACCCAGGAUAAUAUUAUCAAAAGACUAUUAUAUGGACACAGCGAUGUACAAGAAGAUAAAGACUCAAAAUCGAUCGGAACGCCGGAUGAAAUUAGGGAUCCAGAAUGGUCAACAAGUGUUGUUAAAGAUGCGUUACUCGAGCUGGACGAAACAAUAAAAGGAACCUCGUUCCUUAGAAAUCAACCGACAAUACUCAACCACUUUGCUGAAGAAGUCAAUGAAAAUUCUACAAAUAGAGCAAACUCGAUAAGCACGAAGGAUGACAUACAUGACACACAGGUUACAAAAGCAAAUGAUCAGGAACCACAUAACGUCGGAUCAAAGUACAGCCGCGCUAUUGUGAGUCCUGUUCAUGCUGUUGCUUUCACAGCGAUCAAAUAUCAAGACCAAGAUGGAAUUGGAAUCAACCAAAAAAUAAUCUUUGAGCAUGUGAUCCUUAAUGAAGGUGGAGGGUAUAAUGUAAAUCAUGGAAUAUUCACUGCACCCGUCACGGGCUAUUAUCUAAUAUCAACGUCAAUCUUACACUCACCACAAUCAAAUCCCCUGAAAGCUGUCAUUAUGCACAACGGUGCUCUGAUAGCUAUCGCAUAUGGCAGUCCUGGCGUCUCCGAUCAAGGAACACAAACCGUUGUACUUAAAGUGACAGCCGGGGAGCAGGUUUGGAUUGGCAACAGGGACUCCAGCAACGUAUACGUUGUCGGAUCUUCUUACUCGUCAUUCUCUGGCUUCCUUUUGCAUCAGCUUUAAUGCAGAUGUAAAUAAUUGUUACACGGUGAUCCUUUUCCUGGAUCACGGUAUUUUAUUUACAAUAAAAAAACACGGUGCAAG